ACAACUAGAUCCAGCAGUUACUGAUCAGAUCUGCUCGUGUGAGUAUAAUGUUUUUCCUUUUGUUAACAUGCGGAGGACUGCUCGCGGUUUACCUGCUGCUGCGGGUGACGGUGAUGAAAAUGCCGAGAUGUACAAGUACCGCUAGGCUGGACGGGAAAACGGUAAUCGUGACCGGAGCAAACACUGGAAUCGGCAAAGCCACCGCGAUGGACCUGGCGAGAAGGGGAGCUCGUGUAAUUCUCGCCUGCAGGGAUGAAGGCAGAGCUCAGGCUGCGGUCACUGACAUCCAGCGGGAAACGGGAAGCAAAGAGGUGUUGUACAUGCACUUGGAUCUGGCCAGUCUGAAGUCUGUGAGAUCUUUUGCUGAAAACUUCCUCAAGAAAGAAUCCAGAUUGGACAUUCUUAUCAACAAUGCAGGACUUGUGAUUGGUGGCAAGACUGAGGAUGGCUUUGGAAGGAUGUUUGGCGUAAAUCACCUUGGUCACUUCUUGUUAACGGAUCUGCUGCUGAAACGGUUAAAAGAGUGCGGUCCCAGCAGAAUCGUAACCGUCUCUUCGAUGGCCCAUGCGUGGGGGAAAAUGGAUUUCAACUGCAUCAACGCUCAAAAAGAUUUGGGCAAAGGAGAUUCUGCUCUGGGCUUGCUGAUGUUGUACAGCCACAGCAAACUGUGCAACGUCCUGUUCACACACGAGCUGGCCAAGAGACUCAAAGGCACAAACGUCACCUGUUACAGUCUGCAUCCAGGGGCCAUCAAAACUGAGCUAAGCCGCCACAGCAACAUUUGGUGGAGUUUGUUCAUGGCACCAAUUUUUCUGCUAUUCUUCAAGGAUGUGGUUUCUGGAGCUCAGACGUCUCUGCACUGUGCACUUCAGGAGGGCAUCGAACCUCUGAGCGGACGCUACUUCUCUGGUUGUGCAGUUCAGAAUGUUUCUGCUAAAGCCAGAGAUGAUGCAGCAGCCAAAAAGCUCUGGGAAAUCAGUGAGAGGUUUGUUGGAUUAGCAUGAGAUUGAUGGUUUAAAGAUACAUUUAACGCAUUUGCAGUUAAUUUAGUGAAACCUGUGCUGCAUCUGUAUUUUAUGUAUUAAUAAAAGCCUGUCAAACAUUGUGCAACAGUAGUAAUAAAAUAGUUUUCAACA